UAUGAUUCAUAAUACCUACCGAUAUUUCAACACUAUGUAUUUUUUAGUUUAUAUAUUAAACGGGUGAAAUUUUCCUGAAUGUAUUUUAAAAUAUUAACUAAAUAUGAAUUUAGUGAACGUGGAACCGCUAAUCCACGGCGGAUUACUAGCAACUAAAAUUUCCUUUAAAAUCCAAGAUAAAGAUGGAAAUUACGAUAAAGAUAAUUUUUUAAAUGUUUUAUUAAACUGCGGCUGGUCGUUAGAUUUCAGUGAAGAGAAACUAAACCUAUAUAAGAGUCACGCUCAGAAUGUCGAUGUCAUACUAAUAACUGAUGGCGACUUUGUACAUUCAGGCGCCCUGUUAUGGUUGACAUCCAGAUUCCUAGCAGAAUCAAAGGGGAAGUCGCCUAAGAUACUGUGUACAGAAGGAACAUAUAAAUUCAUGAGAGCUUCCUUAAUAGAUGUGUUAGAAAAUGUAACAUUUACUGCUAAUUUCGGAUAUUACAGUAUGGAUGAUUUGGAACUUUUAGAUGCAAAUUGUGUGAAACUGAGAUAUAGUGAGACAUUCUGCCAUCUGAAGAAGUUUCAGAAUCUUGAUGUUAAAUCAUGUUUCUGUGCCGUGAACAAUGGAUACUCCGUAGGAGGAGCAAUUUGGAAGAUUUCAGUUGGAUAUAACACGGUAAUUUGCGGAGACAAAAUAAGAAUAUACACGGGCACUUUGUUAAACGGAGCGAACAUUAACGAUAUCCUCAGACCAGAACUGCUAGUCCUCAGCCAUGAAGAUGUUGAAACCCCAAAGCAUGUUACUGAUCCUAGAGGAGUUCGUGUGUGUGAAGACAUCAACAGUUUAGUGGAUAUGCUCUUUACAACUCUAACCAAGGGAGGUAACAUUUUGUUCCCAAUGGAUGUUGAUUAUACAUUAAUUAACCUCUUAAUACACUUGAAUAUGAUUUGGGCUACAUCGCAACUAUCGCAAUUUAAAAUAGUUCUAGCCUCACCAAUCGCUGAUAAACUGCUGUUAUUCAUAGGAACAUGCCUGGAAUACAUGAAAACGAGUAUUUUCCACAACUUUAUCAAGACUCUUUGGAAUCCCCUGAUGGACCUCAAUCACAUUGAAAUUAUCACCUCACUGGGCCAGCUGUCAAAGUAUAGGUUCAGACCAACUGUGUUCAUAUCAACGACGUCUAACGUGGAUUUCGGGUUCUCUAACUUUCUGUUCCUGGCUAUUUCUUCUUACUACAAGAACUUAGUAGUACUCACAGCACCUAACGAGUCAGUAACUAAGUAUGUUUACAACAGAACCAAGAGCGGGUUCCAUCCUCAAUAUAAACUACAAAUUAAUUUAAACUACAAACAUGAAGAUAAACAAGAUAAUGUGUUAGAUUUGGAAGUAGAAGAGGUGGAAAAGGAUCAGUCUGGAGAUGAUGUAUACCUUCAGAAUUACUCUAAUUUAUCAGGACAGGCCCAGUUUCACAUGAAUGUGCAAAAUUCGGAACUGGAUUCUAAGAAUAUUCAAGACUAUGGAUUACCGUUUAAUGAUUUACUGGCGGACCCUGCAAACCCGUAUGGGUAUGCAGAACUGCCAGCAUACGACGGCGAAUUCGUGUCUGAAUAUAAUCCACAGGAACAAAGUGAAAACUCACAAUUGGACGAUUAUUACAGAAAGUACUUGGAUGACCCGAAAAAUAAACUAUUUGAUAUGGAUAACACAGACGAAGCUUGCCCGAAAUCAGAGUUCAUGACUAAAAAGUUCCCAUUCUGUGUCAAAUCUGACAUUUGCCUAGUAAACAGCCUGUCUAACACAUUAAAAGAACCGCAAAUGCCAAGCCUUCUAUAUCGCAUACAACCAAGGAACGCUGUGUUGAUACCGACGUCAGAGUCGUCGUUUGUAAGUGAAAAGUAUCUGUCUAAGUUACUGAGGUGUAAGCUCCACUCCUUCUACGGAAACAAGUUGGUAAAAAAUGAGCCAGAAAAUGAGAAUUUGGAAAAUAACCAGAGCCUCAAGUCCCUAGUGUCCGUUGACUUAAAUUUCAAUAACUUUCCAGUUUUACUGAAUUUGAACCUGUUGAAGGCGGUUCGGAAUUUUUUCAACAGGCCGCCCCCGACGGAAAUCGUGAGAAGAAAAUCUGGAAAUUACCAGAGCAUAAACUCGGUGUUAAAUUCAAUAGAACAGUGGAAAUAUAAAAAUAACAGAGUGAAAAGCUGCCAAAUCGUGGCGAAACUGACAUGUGUUGAGGAAUCACAGCAGGACCCUCCAAAAACAAAUGUUCUCGGCUGUCACACGUUCUGGUCCGACGAUAGUAGCAGGAAAUCUAAAUUAGAGUUAGUGGUAGAGGAUGCGGAAAAUUCUGAAACAGCCGGGAAAACCGUAAAAGUAAAAAAAAGCGUAGACUCAACGCUCCUGGUAGGAGAUGUUAGCAUGUCAGACUACGCAAAGUUUCUGGAUGACUGUAUACCCAACUCCGUCAGCAUGGUAGCAGGCUCGGCAGUGAUAAAUGACAAGGUGAUUGUCUCCAAGUACUCAGAUGCGAGUUCUAACCAAUGGGUGAUCGAGGGAACGCUGGAUCCCAGCUAUUAUCUGGCCAGGAAAUUGCUGAGAAAACUCCAUAACAGGAUCGAGCCGAUUUACUAGAAAGAUAAGGGCGCAGUCUUUGUUUUGCAAGUUUUUUUGCUCUGGAUAAUCCUCGUUGCUUGGUUAUUUUUUACAUUCAAGCACCACAUCUAAUUCAGUUUUUAAAUUUUAAUUUUAUCGCACAUU